AUGGACAUAGCUGUCCUGCCAAACAACAAUCAUCCAGAGAAAUUCCUUCAGCUGGAUGUGGGAAUGUUGCCGGCUACACAUGGGAUGUUCCAGAUUGGUGCCGUAUUGUCUGGACAAAGACAGUGGCAGAACAAGAUGUACUUGCAGAAAGAAAUGGAAGGAAAGCUAUCAGCAGACAGUGAUGUGUUUGAAGACAGAGAGCUGGAGAAACACAUCACUCCUCAAACCCUGAAACCAAAGAUCAAGCAGAACCCUCUCUUCUCUCACAUCAACAUCACUGACAUAGAGGAGAACAAGUCCAAGCCAUCCUGGACCAUUCAGGACUAUGACAGACACACUGCACAUGGUCAGCUGGCUGACUACAUGAAGGAGGACCCAAAAGAGCUGAGCUUCUGGCUGGAAGAUCUCUACACCCCUGGUUAUGAUUCACUGCUCAAGAAGAAAGCAGCUGAAAUAAAGAGAAACAAAAUUUGUAAAAUGCUUGCAGCCAUCAUUCUGUUAGUUUGCGUGGUUGUGAUUAUUAUUACAGUGCCAAUAUUGGUAACACAGUCAAGAGACUGA